AUGUCUGGACGAGAUAGCCCUGCCACGCCAGAAAGUUCGCAUCGGGGAUAUCCCGACACAUGGCCGUUCGAUGUUCUCCAAAGACCAGAAGUCCAAGUGAAUACAUCUGUGACUACACCUGUGACCACACCCACGAACACCUCAAGCAUAGGGACCAUUUGCGUUCUCGUGGUUGUGGACGGCAUUCCUGAACGUGCAAAUUGCCAUCUGGGUAAGGAGGAUCAUAGAUGCUCCUUUAACACCAAUGCCACAGCACGAAAGUCCCGCCGACCCUCCAAGUACUACAGCGAAAAGGAGCUAAAAGGCUUCCAGAAGGAGGUUGAGGCGCUCCAUAAGGAGCGUAAAAGCCUACGAAAUCUGAACAGUCAAACCAGAAGGGGCUUUCAAAGGAUCACCGCUAAUAUUGCCGACGAAAUUGCUCGGAACCCGUCUCUACCGACUAGCGACCGAACAGAGGACGAGGUCGCAGAAGCUCACAAGGAAUAUUAUAAAUUCCUGAGGGGCGAUUUCCUCUCCAAGCUCCAGACAAUGACUCGGGCGACACAAAUAAAGCUCGAAGAGGGUUAUGACAAGCAAGAGGAUAUUUUUGACCGAUUUGAGGACCUCAAUGAAUGA